AUGCCUCCCGUUAGAUGCACGAAUGGAUCCACUAUCGGCAUGUGCACGAUUAAUAACGCGUACGGCGUCAACAUGGAUGGGAGGCCCUGCCAGCUUGGCAGGGUGUUUUACCCGCGGACCGAGGACGAGUUGAUCAGUGCUGUCGCCUACGCAAGCCAGAACAACCUUCAGGUGAAGGUGGCGAGUGCAACGGUGCACACCAUACCCAAGUGGUUCUGCCCUGGCGGUAACAGCGGGGUUUCCAUUAUCACGCGUGACUAUAAUGGGAUCUCCAUUGACAGGGAGGCCAUGACGGCCACUGUGGAUGCAGGAGUCAUGCUGGAUGAUUUCUUCGCAUACCUGGCGGAUCACAACCUCACCUUCCCCACCGCCCCCUACUGGGCAGGUGCCUCUGUGAUCGGCGCCCUAGGCACCGGUUCCCACGGCAGCACUUUGCAGUUCAAGGGUGGGCGCAUGGGAGAAUACGUGAGGGGGGUGCGGGUGGUGGUGGCAGCAGAUGAGGCGAGUGGGUGGGUGGGGGUGAGGGAGGUGAGCAGAGGAGACGAGCUGCUGGCUGCUCGCCUGCACCUGGGGCUGCUCGGAGCCAUUUCCAAGAUGACCCUCGAGCCCCUCUCUGCCCUACCCUCCCCUGACUGCCCCGCUCUCCCCUCACUGCCCCGCUCUUCCCUCACUGCCCCGCUCUCCCCUCACUGCCCCGCUCUCCCCUCACUGCCCCGCUCUUCCCUCACUGCCCCGCUCUUCCCUCACUGCCCCGCUCUCCCCUCACUGCCCCGCUCUUUCCUCACUGCCCCGCUCUCCCCUCACUUCUCCACCCAUUCUCAUUCCACAGCGAUGCAAAUCUGGAGAAUGAGAUUCUCUCAUUCGCGCGCAAUACAACCUUCCCGGAUCUCAACUGGUAUCCCGCCGCACAGAGUCCUGCCCCUCACGCCUCACUGCUCCCUCACACGCCUCUUCUCCCUCACACACCUCUUCUCCCUCACACACCUCUUCUCCCUCACACGCCUCUUCUCCCUCACACACCUCUUCUCCCUCACACGCCUCUUCUCCCUCACACACCUCUUCUCCCUCACACACCUCUUCUCCCUCACACGCCACGACUCUUUCUCAAUCACAUCCCUCUCUUGCCUCUCAGUGUCUUCAGCUCCUGGUUUCUACACCCCCCUUUAUCCAGUCCUCCCCAUCCACUCUUCCGCCUGGUCCCACCUCAGUGUUGUGUUUUGGCGGAGGGACAACAUGGUGCCUGUCUCCCGCCCCGGCACCGGCUCCUACGCCCUGCCCAUCUUCCGAGGCCAGUUUGACUACAUCUGGACCGCCCUCGCUGCCCUUGAUCAUCGCACACAGACCUCAACCAACGAGCAGGACAUUUGCAACCUGUGGCAGACCGUGCAGGUUCCUGUGCUCCUGGACCUGGGGGGUGGCUUCACCAACGAUGGCACACUCUUCAGGGGCUUCCCUGUUGGUGAGACUUCUAAUUUAGCUGAUUUGAUAGACUUCUUCUCUGUAGUGCGCCCUCAUCACUUCUUCCCCCGCCCCUCCUCUACCCUUCUCACCCAACCAUCCUCCCAGUGGGUUACCACAACCGCUUCCAGACGUCCUCAGGCUGUGAGGACGCAGGGAAAACUCCUCUGGGCCGCCAGGUGUGCCCAUGGUACCCGCGGAUCAAACCAGCCCUCCCUUUCUUUGUCACCCUCCCCCUCCCUGCCUCACAUUCACCUGCUCUCCCAGUGGGCUACCACGACCGCUUCCAGACAUCGUCAGGCUGUGAGGACGCAGGGCGCACUCCCCUGGGCCGCCAGGUUCCUUGGGAGGGACCCGCCAGCCUCACCCUCCCUUUCCCCUCUCCCAUUCUCCAAUUCUCCCACCCUCCCAGUGGGCUGCCACAACCGCUUCCAGACGUCCUCAGGCUUGGGCUAUCACAAUCGCUUCCAGACGUCCUCAGGCUUGGGCUAUCACAAUCGCUUCCAGACGUCCUCUGGGUGUGAGGACGCGGGGCGAACCCCCCUGGGCCGCCAGGUGUGCCCGUGGGACCCACGCAUCAACGGGAUCCGUUUCUACGAGACCACAUUCCUCAUCCCGCUCACCAAGCUCAAAGAGUUCAUCCUUACCAUCAAGGAGCUCGCAGUAGCCCGACGUCUUGGCUUCUGCGGCCUGGCCAACUACGGAGGGAUCUUCUUCCGCUUCAUCCGGGGUUCCGACACUCUGCUGGGCUCAACAGAGGACUCUGUGAUGGUCGAUAUUCAGUACUUCCGCAGCAAUGACCCGUCCCAGCCACGCACCAGCCAGGAUGUGACUGACGAGUAUGAGCAGAUCAUAGGGAAGAUGUUUAACGGCAAGCCGCACUGGGGAAAGAACAAGGAUGUUUCCUUCAUUGACGUUCCCAGCAAGUACCCCCAUCUUCCUCGCUUCCUCAAAGUCAGGGAGGCGUUUGAUCCAAGGGGUCUCUUUCUCAACGAGUGGGCGAAGCGAGUGCUGGGUCUAUCACAGCAGCCGGUGCAGGUGUAUGGCGAUCAGUGCGCCAUGCGGGGCCUCUGCCACUGCGCUGCUGACGUGCACUGCAACCCUGCCCUCGGGUCUUACUGUAGGCGUGGGCUGAUUUACACUGAUGCUACAGUGUGCAAGACACAGUAA